AUGGAGAAACUGGUGCCUGUACUGCUGGUUUUCUUGGCCUUUCACUUUCUUAAAGCUGCCUCCCAAGAUUUUAUUGACUGGUGGAAUAUCGAUUGUGGUAGCGAACUACCUCGUGUUAACAACCAUUCAAUGCCCUGGUACACCGACUAUGGGCUCAUCACAACUGGCUUGAAUAAGCAGGUUCCGCAGAAACAACCUAUCGAAGAAAUGAACACACUUCGGUUCUUCCCUAAUGGGACAGAGCCAAACUGUUAUAGUAUAUUCUUCACAUCUUACAUCUCUGGCUACAUUGUUCGAGCCGGGUUCUACCAUGGUAACUAUGAUGGUCUCUCUCGGCCGCCGACCUUUGAUCUCAAUAGUAACGGCAAAAAUUGGACGACGGUGAACACUACUUCGUCGAUGGGUGGGAUGGUUACAUUCCCUUUAACAUCAGACAAUGACCCUAACGCCGCCUUCCAUCUCGUCACUCGGACCAACUUUGGUGGCCCCGAAGUGAGGUGA